AUGGAAGAUAAUUUGGGAAGUGCUGAGUUAAAGAAAAAACUUUUUUUUUUUACAUUAUUUACAUGCCAGCCGUGUUUUCUGAGUUGCACCUCCACACGGGUCUCUGAAGGAGAAUUGAAAAACAUACUUACUGCAUCAGAAGUAUAUUUACAAACCAUAUAUUUUGGCAUGGAGAGAAAACCUGUGUCCUUAGCUCCGUCCAUCUCCAUAUCAGAAAUGGAACCCAACGGCAACUUCAGCAAUCACAAUAGCAACAGGAACUGUACGAUUGAAACCUUCAAGAGAGAAUUUUACCCCAUCGUGUACCUGGCAAUAUUUAUCUGGGGAGCCUUGGGGAAUGGCUUUUCUAUAUAUGUUUUCCUGCAACCUCAUAAGAAGUCCACAUCUGUGAACGUUUUCAUGCUAAAUCUGGCCAUUUCCGAUCUCUUGUUCACAGCCACACUGCCCUUCAGGGUUGACUAUUAUCUCAGAGGCUCCAAUUGGAUAUUCGGGGACCUAACCUGCAGAAUUAUGUCUUUUUCUAUGUAUGUCAACAUGUACAGCAGCAUUUAUUUCCUGACUGUGUUGAGUGUUGUGCGUUUCCUGGCAACGGUUCACCCGCUGCGGCUCCUUCAUGCCACUAGCGUCAGGAAUGCCUGGAUUUUAUGUGGGGCCAUAUGGAUCUUUAUCAUGGCCUCCUCAACACUGCUGCUGAAAAAUGGCUCUGAGCUGAAGGGCAAUGUCACCUCGUGCUUGGAGCUGAAUCCCAAUAAAGCCACUAAGCUGAAGACCAUGAACCACAUUGCCUUGGUGGUGGGCUUUCUGCUGCCAUUCUGCACGCUCAGCAUCUGUUACCUGCUGAUCAUUCGAGCUUUGUUAAAGGUGGAGGUCCCAGAAUUAGGGCUGCGUCCUUCUCACAGGAAAGCGCUAACCACCAUCAUCAUUGCCUUGAUCAUCUUCCUCCUGUGCUUCCUGCCCUAUCAUAUACUGAGAACCCUCCACUUAGUCGAGUGGAAAGUGGAUAAAUGCAAAGAGAGUCUGCAUAAAGCUGUGGCCGUCACACUGGCUUUGGCAGCGGCCAACAGCUGCUUCAACCCUUUGCUCUAUUACUUUGCUGGCGAGAAUUUUAAGGACAGACUAAAGUCUACACUCAGGAAAUGUCAUUCACAGCAAAGAAAGUGCAGCUUUCCUGUGUGUGUGUGUGGUUAA